AUGCAGGGGUAUGCCUCUCUCUUUCAGAAGCAAGUACUCCAGAAAACAUUCUCAAAGCCCAUCGAUGCCCAGCUUUUGAGCAAAAUACGGGGCCCAGCUUCAGCCUUUGUGCUUCAGACAGAGAGCUUUCAUCGUCAAGAGUGUCUCGCAAAUCAAGAAGCUCCUGGUUCGAGUAGCACCUUCUACUCGAAUGUGAUGGAGGUGGCUUUAGCGUGGUGGAAAGAAGAGCAAGCUGGGGUGAUUGAGACUCAAGCAAGCCGCCGUACAUUUUUGGAGAGUAUCAGGUCGGGAUUCAAAGAAAAGAUAAACCUCGCACUCGCGCUUUGGCCCAGGGAAUGGUGCCGAACCAGUAAGUGA